GCCAUCACAAUUCAGUUCUAACCUUCGAAACAAGUGCAACUUUCAAACCAAAAUGAAGAGCUUCCUCAUAAAUUUGCUGGUGGCGUUCUGCGCGGUUCAGCUCACCUCCGGUGAAGUGAUCAUGGGCUCGAACGUCCGGCUGGCGUUGAAGACCCGCGCCGAAGCGGAGAGUACCCUCCGGUGGUGCUACGUGUUCUUCCAGGAGGACUUCCCCGAGGACACGAUCUGCGCCGGCAAGCCGGACGGUACCUGGGACUACUUCCCGUCCUGCUGUAACGGGGCGUACUACUGCCGCGAUGAGGUGAUCUACAAGUCUCACCUGUGUCCACCGGAGAACAUCUACGACGAGGUCGUGGACGAUUGUGUCCCCUUCACGGAGGAGGUUUGUCCCUACCGGGGCAACACCGGCUCGGACGAUGGUGAAAUUACGACCGAAGACCCGAUCGAGCUCAACUGUGGCAACGUGGACAGCGGAAGGAUUCCACACCCCCAGAACUGCAACAAGUACAUCGACUGCGCCAACGGAGAGGUCACCGUGGUGGACUGCUUCGAGGACUACAUCUACUACGCUCCGUUUUCGGUUUGUCUUCCCGGGAACGUGGUCACCUGCAAGCUGAACACGCUCGAGUAAACAAAGCUAUCGAACCGACGGCGGAGGAACCCGUUAUCUACCAGAAGUUCCGACAGAUUAUACCCAAUUAAAAUUCGUAACGAUUGAAUCUUGUCGCGCGCGUGAAGACGACAAUGGUGUAAAUUAUACUGCAAUAAACUUUUUAUUAGACUA